AUGGCUGGAUACGAAAGCGUCAUCGAAGAGAGAAAGACAGAAUUAUUCACGAGAGCAUUUUCGAACAGAACAGGGAAGGUGGACGUGGUUGAAUUAGGCGCGGGCACCUGGCCGAAUGCCAAGUAUUACGAUAUGGUCGCUUCGACGACGAAUUUUGGAGUGAGCGUUGACGUGUACGGCGUCGAUCCGAACGAGUACAUGACUCCGUACGCGCUGGAGAAUUUUGAAAAGGUGAAAUCGGAUAAGGUGAAAUACGAGCCGUUGCGUGGCGUGAGCGAGAAUUUGCCGUUUGAAGAUGGUUCUGUGGAUGUGGCGGUCGUGUCGCUUGUUUUGUGUUCGGUGGAGGAUCAGUUGGCUUCGUUGAAGGAGGUGAAGCGCGUGUUGAAACCCAAGACGGGCAAGUUUAUCUUCGUCGAACACGUGUUGAGUCAAACGAACGAUAGCUUGAGACGUCAGCAGGAGGCAUUGACACCGAUGCAGAUCAAAGCUGCGGAUGGUUGCAGAUUGAACAGGAAGACAGGCGAAGUCAUAAAGAAGGUGUUUGGCAGCGAAAACGUAGACUAUGAAUACUUCGAUUUGGAUGGGUUUUGGGUUAUAGGAUCACAAAUAGCCGGUAUUGCCAGCGUGUAG